AUUUUCAUUGUAGAUAAAAGAAAAACAUCGAGAAUAACAAAAUCAUUGGUCCCAAUUUCUUCAAAUUUAAAGAGGUCACAUUAAAUUAGUUAAUAUUAAAGAGUCAAAUACAAGUCGAAUCCUAACACAAAGUAAAGUUUAAUUUCUGUUAAAGUGAUAACUGCGUAACAAAUACUCACGAACCAGGAAGUCAUGGCUGAUAAUUACUUGCAGCCAGUGAAUAAUCACUUCGAUUUGAAUGCUGGCGAUCUAGAAGACGUGGAUGAUGACAUUUUUUUGAAUAAUUCACGGUCCAAUAGCACAAUAUCCGGUCGUGGUAGUGUAAUUCAGGGUGCUGUUGGUGGUCGGAGUACUAAUCCAUUCGAUGACCCUCAACAGAUUUAUGCGGAGAAACGUAGGGAAAUUGAAUCGCGUACGUUGGAGUCUACACAACGCAGUUUAGGUUUGCUAUAUGAAACGGAAGAUGUUGGCAAAGCUACCGCAGUUGAGUUGGCAAAACAACGUGAACAAUUAGAGAACACCUCACGACAGUUGGACGAAAUCAAUUCAACACUGCGCUUUAGUCAGCGCCAUUUGAAUGGGUUAAAGAGCGUCUUUGGCGGACUUAAAAACUAUUUAUCAGGUAAUCGUGAUGUACCCUUGACGCGUACACCUAGUACGCAAAGUGGUGUCAAUCAAGCGGGACAAAAUCAGGCACCAACAGACACUACAGGCAACAAUAGCAAAUCGCCACCGGCUAUGUCGCCAACGGAACGUUAUGACAAUCAUCCUAUCAGUCGCAUAAGGGAUGACACGACUGCAUUUAAGCAACGUGAACAAAUGCAAGCGCAACGUAGCAAUAAUCCAUUCCAAACACAAUUGGAGUCGAAUUUAGACGAAAUGUGCGAUAAUUUGUCACGUUUGAAAUGUCUUGCCAGCGAUUUGGGCGGCGAAAUCGAAUCGCAAAAUGAAUUAUUGGACAAUAUGAAUUACAAGAUCGAAGAUGUGGACUUGAAGAUGAAUAAACAAAAUAAAGAAAUAAACAAGUUGCUGGGCAAAAAGUGAAUACAAUGCUGAGAAAUAAAUUAUAUAUUAGCUUAAGCUGGAAGUACAUUAGCGGCCCUAUGCCAUCGUUUGUACAUUUAUUUUUAGUAAUUUGUAAAUUAGUACAUUCAUAUUUUGGAGAUCCUUAAAAUUCGCGCAUAAAUAUUUUAUCGUGCAGGCAUUCAUUUCUAUAAAGUAUUGAAAUUUUAUUAUAGUAUAAUAUAUAUAUAAAAUAAAAUGAAACUUGUUUUUGUUUUUUUUUUCACUUUUUACAC